AUGCGUUGGGGGGCUCUCAUUACCGCUGCGGCGUUUAUUUCGCCUGGGGUGAAUGCUGCAGGCGCAACCCUUCGUUUCUCUUGUUCGCAGCUUGUUGUCGAGCGUCUAGACCCCCUCAUUAAUCCUGGACUAAUGGGAUCGCCCCAUCUUCACCAAGUUGUUGGAGGAGAUGCCUUCAAUGUAACCAUGGAUCAAGACCUACCUACGACAGCAUCUUGUACUUCCUGCACUCCUACAGAGGAUUUCUCAAACUAUUGGACCGCUGUUCUAUUCUUCAAAGCAAAGAACGGCACCUAUCAUCGAGUCAAGACGAUGGGAAAUCCUCUUGGAUUUGGGACUGCAUCUGGUGGCAUGACCGUUUAUUAUCUCUCAAGCGGCAAGGUUACUGCUUUCAAACCUGGCUUCCGCAUGACUGUCGGUGACCCAACUUUCCGAACAGCUGCCCAGGAGAGCAAAUACUCUUCGCUCAUCUACACAUGCCUUGCAACGGCCUCAACGAGAAGCGGUUCAACCACUGGCUUCCCAAAAGCUCCUUGCAAAGUCGGAAUCAUGGUCAGCAUCCGCUUCCCCACUUGCUGGGACGGCAAGAACCUCGACAGUCCGGACCACCAGAGUCACACCGCUUAUCCAUCUGGCGCAAGCGGCGGAAACCCAGGGGCCGGCGACAAGUGUCCUUCUACACAUCCUGUCUCAAUCCCGCAAGUUUUCUUCGAGACGUACUGGGACACAUCUCCUUUCAACGACAAGUCUAUGUGGCCUGACAAUGGUGAUCAGCCUUUCACUUGGUCCAUGGGCGACGCUACUGGUUAUGCGAGUCAUGGUGAUUAUGUUUUUGGGUGGAAGGGUGAUGCUCUUCAGAGGGCUAUGGACGCCAAUUGCAACAGCGACCUUUUCUCGAAUAGCAUCAACUGCCCCACAUUGAAGACACAGUCGCUUGCUCAGGCCAAUACUUGCAAUAAGCCAGUGCAGAUGAAAGAGCAGCUUGAUGGUUGGAUGCCGUCGAUGCCAGGUGACGUAGUCGUUCACUGA